AUGUCUGCACCCAAUGCCAGACAAUCCCAGGGCUCGUCCAUGAGCGUCAUCACCAGCAGAAGUACUAAUGGCGCUGGCAACAUAUCGGCGGCUUUCCUGGAGCCGGAGGAGGGCAUGAUCCUGGAGGUGCCCAACCUGCGCAUUUUCACGUUCGCCGAGCUCAAGGCCGCGACGAGGAACUUCAAGCCCGACACCGUCCUGGGUGAGGGCGGGUUCGGGAGGGUUUACAAGGGCUGGGUCGACAAGAAGACGAUGAACCCCAUGAGCAGCAGCGUUGGCAGCGCCAUGGUUAUUGCCGUCAAGAAGCUCAAACCGGGGAGCAGCCAGGGCCUGGAAGAAUGGCAGUGUGAGGUGAACUUCCUUGGGAGGAUGUCGCAUCCGAACCUGGUGAGGCUGCUGGGGUACUGCUUGGAGGAGAGGGAGCUCUUGCUUGUCUACGAGUUCAUGGCCAAGGGGAGCUUGGAGAAUCAUCUCUUCAGAAGAGAAGGCGGCUCCGUCCAUCCAAUCUCAUGGGCCCUACGGUUACGGAUCGCCAUCGGCGCCGCACGCGGCCUCGCCUUCUUGCACUCGUCGGACAAGCAUGUCAUCUACCGAGACUUCAAGUCUUCCAACAUCCUCCUCGACACGCACUACCAUGCCAAGAUAUCCGACUUCGGCCUCGUCAGGAACGGCCCGGCCGACGGCGACAGCCAUGUCACCACCCGCAUCAUGGGCACUUACGGCUACGCUGCACCAGAGUACGUUUCCACAGGUCACCUGUACGUGAAGAGCGACGUCUACGGGUUCGGCGUGGUGCUGCUGGAGAUGCUCACCGGUCUGCGCGCGCUCGACACGGCCCGGCCGGCACCGCAGCUCAACCUCGUGAACUGGGCCAAGCCGUACCUGGCGGACCGCCGGAGGCUGCCGCAGCUGGUAGAUCCGCACCUGGAAGGGCAGUACACGCCGAGGGCCGCCCUGCGAGCCGCGCAGCUCACCAUGAGCUGCCUCGCCGGCGACCCCAAGAACCGUCCCUCCAUGGCCGAGGUCGUCGCGGCGCUCGAGAAGAUCGAGCGCAUGAAGCCGCCACCGCACAGGCUCAUCUCGCCUCGGGCCGCCGCGCGGACUAUGCAUGGGCGCACGCAGACACGUAUACCUACACGUACAGCUAUGCUGCACUGA